AUGUCGACAGACCAUAUCAGAAAGGCGGACGGCCUCUUCAUGGAGGUCCGUGAUCCCAAAGACGGGCCUGUUCUUCCCAAGGACGGUCAGAGGAAUGUCCUCAUCACUUCUGCUCUUCCUUACGUGAACAACGUCCCUCAUCUUGGUAACAUCAUUGGCUCUACGCUCUCUGCCGAUGUCUUUGCUCGAUAUAACCGAACACUCAACGUUCCCACUCUCUAUAUCUGUGGCACUGACGAGUAUGGUACUGCCACCGAGACAAAGGCACUCGAAGAGGGUGUCACUCCGUACGAGCUCUGUACCAAGUUCCACAAGCUCCAUACCGAGAUCUACGAUUGGUUCCAACUUUCUUUCGAUAAGUGGGGCCGUACCAGUACUCCCGAGCAUACCGACAUCACCCAGGGCAUCUACAAGCGCCUUCACGAGAAAGAUCUCUUCCGACUCGAGACCGCCGACCAGACUUAUUGCGAGGACGACAAACUUUUCCUUGCUGAUCGAUUCGUGGAAGGUAUCUGUCCUGCGUGCGAGUAUGACGAUGCCCGAGGAGAUCAGUGCGACAAGUGCGGCAUCACCUUCUCCUCUCCUACUCAACUCCUCAGCCCCCGUUGUAAGCGAAACAAGAACCACAAACUCUCCGUUCGUCCCUCCACCCAUGCCUGUAUCAGGCUCGACCUCAUCCAGCCCAAACUGGUCGAAUGGAUGCAGCAGGCCAGAGUGAAGGGUCGUUGGGGCACGAAUGCAGUCAUCACCGACAAGGGAGAGAUUGUGGAACCUCGUAUGCUUGGGGAGGGUUUGAGGCCUAGUGCGGUCACAAGAGAUCUGAAGUGGGGUGUGGAGGUGCCCAAGAUUGGCAACAAGGAGGAGGACGAGGCGUUAGAGGGCAAGGUCAUCUAUGUUUGGUUCGAUGCUCCUGUCGGUUACCCUUCCAUUACCGCUACCCUCACCGACCAAUGGGAAAAGUGGUGGAAGAACCCCGACAACGUUGAGCUUUACCAGUUCAUGGGUAAAGACAAUGUCUACUUCCACACUGUGCUCUUCCCCUCCAUGUUGCUUGGUACCGAGGAGCCGUGGACCAUGUUGCACAACAUCUCCAGUACUCAGUAUCUCAAUUACGAAGACACCAAGUUCUCCAAGAGCCGAAAUGUCGGUGUGUUUGGCAACAACGCGCGAGAGACAGGUCAACCUCCCGAGGUCUGGAGAUACUAUCUGAUCUCUCAACGACCCGAAAACAGCGACUCUGCUUUCUUGUGGAGCAAGUUCAUCACGGCCAACAACAAUGAGCUACUGGCCAACUUGGGCAACUUUGUCAACCGAGUGAUCAAAUUCGUCAAUGCCAAAUACGACUCUAAGGUCCCUGGACCCGCCGACCUCGCCGGUGGCGUCCCUACCCCCACCACGCAGAUCGACAAGGACUUUGUCGCCGACAUCAACGCUCGUUUGACAAAGUACCGUCAGUUGAUGGACGACACCAAGCUCCGAGACGGUCUUUCUCAGGCCAUGUCUAUCUCUGCUCGUGGUAACCAAUACCUCCAGGAGAACUCUCUCGACAACUCUUUGCUCGCCAACCAACCCGAGCGAUGCGCCGAGGUGCUCUUGAACGCUGUCAACUUGAUCUACAUCUUGUCUGCUGUCUUCCACCCUUUCAUGCCCAACACUUGCGAUGGUAUCCUCAGGCAAGUCAACGCCCCCGCGAGGAGCUUGGCCAGCGAGUUCAGCGUCGACAUCUUGCCCGGACACGUACUCGGUAAGGCCGAGUACCUGUUCAAGAAGAUUGAAAAUGUGGAUGGAGCGCAGGAGAAGAAGUGGCAGCGUCAAUUUGGUGGUGAUGCUGUCGCUGCCGCCGAGACAACCCCUUCCGGCCCUGGCGGUCACCCCGAAGGCGGCAAGGUCCCUGCUGCCAACGAUGCUUCUUCCAAGAAGGCCGCGCACGAAGCCCGUAAGGCUCAGAUCGCUGCCGACAAGAAGGCUGCCCAGGCUGCUGCCGAUGCCAAGAAGACGCCCGAGGAGCGCGAGCUCGAGAAGAAGGUGGAGGUGCAAGGUCAGGUGGUGGCUUCCAUCAAGAAGGGUCUGGCGCAAGGUGAUGAGGAGGAGGAGGUGAAGAAGGCCAAGGCUUUGAAGGCCGAGCUGGCAGAGUUGAAGAAGAAGCUGAAGGAGGUCAAGAUCUAA